AACGCAGCCUGCAGCUGGGAGCCGCGGGCGGACGCGUGGCCGGGGCUAGCAACUGGCCCACGCGGGGCCGCCACACCUGCGAGCCGGAAGUCCAGAUUCGACGCCCAGAGACCUGACGCGGUGACCUUGGAGCAGCCGGCACGGCCGCCAGCGCGGUGUAGGGGGCAGGCGCGGAUCCCGCCACCGCCACCACCACCGCCGCCGCCGCGCACUCGGCCUGCCGCCGCCUGCUCGCCCUGCCGCCUGCGACGCCGCCCGGCUCCGGGCCCGACGUGUGACCCCGCCAUGCCGAGGGAGAGCAGGGAGAGGGAUGCCAAGGAGCCGGACACCAUGAGAGAGGAAAGUGGCACCGAUGUCUCAGUUCGCUCCAGGAAAAGGAAAGCAAAUGUGACUGUCUUUUUGCAGGAUCCAGAUGAAGAAAUUGCCAAAAUGGACCAAACAGUGAGAAGCCAGCCUGGCAAUCAGCCUUGGGACAGUAAUACAGCCUGUGAAAAUCCCUGUUCCUUGAUCCCCACACCUGACAAAGAUGAUGAUGAGCUGGUAUAUGUAAACUCUGUACAUGGUCCUCAGAAUUUCCCAGCAUCCAGAGCCUCACCACUGCCUGUCCUAAACUGGGCAAAUAGAGAGGAAGUCUGGAGACUGAUGUUAAACAAGGAAAGAAUGUAUUUAAGAGACAAACACUUUUUGCAGCGGCACCCUCUUCUGCAGCCUAAAAUGCGAGCGAUUCUUCUGGACUGGUUAAUGGAGGUGUGUGAAGUUUAUAAACUUCAUAGAGAGACAUUUUACUUGGCACAAGAUUUCUUUGAUCGGUAUAUGGCAACACAACAAAAUAUUGUAAAAACACUGUUACAACUUAUUGGGAUUUCAUCUCUAUUUAUUGCUGCCAAACUUGAGGAAAUCUAUCCUCCAAAGUUGCACCAGUUUGCUUAUGUAACAGAUGGUGCUUGUUCAGGAGAUCAGAUACUUAACAUGGAAUUAAUCAUUAUGAAGGCUUUAAAGUGGCGUUUAAGUCCCCUCACCAUAGUGUCCUGGCUGAAUGUAUACAUGCAGGUUGCAUAUCUAAAUGAUGUUUAUGAAGUGCUCCUGCCACAGUAUCCCCAGCAGAUCUUUGUACAGAUUGCAGAGCUUUUAGAUCUUUGUGUCUUGGAUGUUGGCUGCUUAGAAUUCCCCUACGGUGUACUUGCUGCUUCUGCUUUGUAUCAUUUCUCUUCAUCUGAAUUGAUGCAAAAAGUUUCAGGGUACCAGUGGUGUGAUAUAGAAAAGUGUGUCAAGUGGAUGGUUCCGUUUGCCAUGGUUAUAAGGGAAACAGGAAGUUCAAAACUAAAGCACUUCAGGGGAGUCCCUACUGAAGAUGCCCACAACAUCCAAACCCAUAUAAACAGCUUGGAUUUGCUGGACAAAGCCCAAGCAAAGAAAGCCAUAUUGUCUGAACAAAGUAGGAUUUCUCCUCUCCCCACUGGGGUCCUUACCCCUCCACAAAGCAGUGAGACAGAACGGUGGACAGGGAACAGCAUGACCACACCAGCAUUCUCUACCAAAGACAGUUGUGCGGAAGUGCCUGCUCCAAGUCUCUUGUGUCUGCUGCAGCAGAGGCGUGCAUGAGCUUUUACAAGUUAUUUAAAAUAUAAAUGGAAGAGUAUGUCUCUUCUGCAACAGAAGUGUUUCUAUGGAUGGUAUUGGGCAAGGAGAAGUGUUUUUUAUUGAAUGCUUAGAUUUUUUUUUUUUUUUAAAUAAGUGAGUCAAGUACACCAGCCACCUCCAGAACACCAACGAGUGCUCCAGAUGCUGCUAAGGAGGGUGAUACUUGACUUAAUUGACUAUUCAUACAAAUAACAAAGGCUUGAAGUUGAGGGGUACCGUACCAUGUUCUGUUGGUCUCCCAUCAGGUGUUCUGGGUUGUGUCUGUUAAGUGGAACAGGUGGUUGUGAGUAUUGUGAUGCAGAGCCUGCAACCAGAUGUGCUCAGGGCCUGCCCUUCACUCUUAUCAGUUGGCGAUACACAGUGCCUUUUAUGAACUCAUUUUCUAAAUGCUGCUAUGUCUAUCCGUUUUUUAAUAAAGGUAACACUGUCUUUGAGACAGCUGGUUUUAUGAGCUAUGGUCUGGUAAUUUAAGUUAGAAAUCAACUCUGAAUGGGGCUUUAUCAAAAUUUAUAUUAACACUAUGUUUGAAGCUCAUACAUUGCAAGCAAAUAGUUAAAAAGAAACUUUUUGAAGUGAGCUUCAGGUGCAGCCUCUGUUACCUCCCCAAAGUCACCAAAUUGGGAGAGGGAAACAUUAGCAUUUCUCUUAAUAUCCUAUAUAGUGGCUGCUCCAGUCAGAUCCACUGGCUGGCUGCAUCCAAGAGGAUUCUUAGAUGUGAUUUCUCCCCUAGGACAGGUGAGAGGUCAAUUUAAAAAAAAAAAAAAAAAAAAGAUGUGUUAUUUAAUGUUCUAUUCUUGCCCAAAUCCUAACUUAAAAGAAUUUUUGUUUAGAGAACUUGUUAAUAUAACAUUGUAGCCUGAAACUAUGAGAAAAUGCAAAAUAAAAUUAUAUGUAGCUUAAGGCCAUGAUGCCAGCAUUUGGUCUGUUCCUUGACCAUUAAUGGAAUCACCAAGUGCCUUGCUAAUGGGAGAGGUCACUAUCAACUUUAAGCCUAAUGUAUUCAGUUCAUAUAAUAUUUUGUUGAACUUUUUCUAAGUGGUGACCAUGUCUAAUUUUUGUGUUUCACAUUCUCAUGCUUUGGUGUAUGUGUGACUUCAUAAAAAUAAAAAAAAAAAAGGGUGAAUGAGAAAUAAAGCCAUUUAUUUUCAACUUGG